AUGACUCUGUUCUCACUUUGUUCACCGUGUUCAGAAAGCUCCAGAGCCUGCAGACGUCAAGCUGUUUUCAUAUUUGUGGGUCAGAGUUCAGUUUACAUUCCUCCUCAGAGAAACACGUCGCCUUCCACAAACACUCAGAGAAACCUGCUCAACGUCACCGAAGAACGACCUGAGAGUCUGAUCCAGAUCACGGCUGAGAGCGACGAGAACGUUUGA